AUGGAAUACGGUAAAAGUAUUGAUAGUACCGGUAUUCGAAUCAUGCCGUUUACCGGUAACACCUUUCGCAAAAAUGAUUUUAGUAAUUGUACGAAAGUGUCGAAUAUUUACAUUUCGGUGGAUGGUUGUGUGAAGCUGUACCCAUCAGCACCGAGCGAUACACAUCCAGCAAUGUUGUUGGAGAUGGUGGAAUCGCGCGUGUUGGACCUGGCAGUGGCCAUUGCGUGCUGGUCCGUACUGUGGAUACUUAUUCUAAAAGUCGUUCCCCCAGGCGCCCAGCGGCGCAACCACAUCAUCACGCUGAAUGCGGCGCACGGUGCCGUGUCCACAAUCGCGUCUAUGACAACGCUCUAUUAUGGACUGGUCACCACCACCUCGGUGGCGAUCUCGCUCUCGUACUUUCUCGUGGACCUCGUGGCCAUGGUAUGCUCAGACGGAUUGACGAAUCUUUUAUCGCUCCGACUCUCACGCGUCAUGGACUACGCGCACCACAUAUUCGGGCUGUACUGGGGCGUAGUGCUUUUCGUCAACGAGGCCACCGUGUGCGACGCUUCGUUUGGCAAUCCUUACGUCUGGCUGCAAACAAAUGAGAUAAGCACUGGCUUCUUCAACUGGUACAGACUCACGGACAGCACCAUAGCUGGUAUAUUGUUUAUCAAGUUCUUUUUUUUGUCACGCGUGGCGUUCAACACAGUUUACAUCCUUCCAGUGGUGAUUCGUCGCUGCCAACCGCUGUACGUCUUGGGCUGCUCACCAUUCUUCGUGCUGCAGUAUGUUUGGUUUUACAUGAUUGCGCGCAAGCUACUUUCUAGUUUAUCAAGUAAAAACAAGAAAACAGUAGGUGAUGGCCAUCCACAGCUGAUAGAAAAGAUAAAGAAGGCCUGA